ACAUCCAAAAAAUUCCCAGCGUGGACCCUCAGUGGUGCUUCGUUAGUCCAUAAGAAUGGACCUUUUCGUGCAAUUUCUAAUAAUCAUCCACCUGUGCUUUGGCUCUCAUGCCAUUUCCGUGCGUGACUAUGCGUCGAAUAAAUUACAACAAGAAUACACCAAGAGGGAUGUUCGAGGGCAAGCAGACAAUUCGGAGCUUCUGGAAGGAAAUAAAUUCUCAAUGUCCACGUUUGAUGUUGAGUUUGAUUGUGAGAACAAAAUCAAGGGGCAAAUCAUCGAGACGGAAUUUAAUUUGCUAAUACUCAGUGGUUCGGAACUCUUUGCAAUCAACACUAAUGCCAAUGGGAGUACCUUAGAUAAAUUGGCCAUUCUUGGAGGUGUGAAUACGUCGCCGUUAAAUGCAAAGGCAACUUUUUGGACAAAUGAGAAAAUCAUUCUUGUUUUAGCCUUCUCCACCCACUAUAGCAUCUACAAAAUCCCUUUUGGCAUCCACCAAUCGAGUGUAAUGCCACCAAUUCAGAAAAUCAGGAUUAUCCAAGAGAUUCCUGUAAAAAUCGCCCUAUAUCGCCGUGGGGAGGAACUUUUCUGCUUACUUGCAAGCAAAAUAAGUAAAUUUCGUGGAAUAUUGCGAUUGUACAAUUGGCAUUUAAUGCAUUUCAAGGAGGAAAUUAAUCAGUAUGUUUCCGGCAUGGAUGAUGUUUUGCACACAAAAUGGAAUAAUAAUGAAGAAGCUGCAAUUGCUACGGUGUUUGUCACGAAGGAGAAGAAGUUGGAAAUUCGUUUGUUGAACAGGUACACCCUCAUGCCGUUGCAAACGCUCAAUGCUCAUGGAAAAUUCGUACGUUUCAUUGAACUGCAUGAGAAGACGUUCUUGGCCAUUUGCUCGGUGAAUUUCUGUGAUAUCUACCAAUGGGUUGGGGUACGUUUCAAUCACUGGCGACGUGUUAAUUUGCUCGGUGGUUUCCAUGAGUUCCGCAUUGGGCACAAUGUGAUAAUUUAUCGAUUUAAUCACACCAUGUUUGUGAGCAAUCGUGCAGAUUUGACGCCAAUUGGGUCAAUUAAUUGUACCACAGCACGAAUUUAUUUUCACAAAAUGCACGAAAGUGACACAAUUUGGGCGGUGUCGGUCUUCGUGGAGCCACCCCAAAUGAGACUCAAUUUCAUUGAAAUUCCCCACAUGGCUGCUACGGAGCCAUCAGCAGCUAGGCAUCAUGUUCAUGAGUCACCUUUUGUCAAAUUCCACGAAUGUACGAAGAAGCUAAAGCAGGAAUUUAAUACAAUCUACGGUGGAAUAACGCGGAUUGCAUCACUCAAUCCGGGAAUUUUGCGACGGGAUCGCAUUGCAGACUUUCCGGGGAAAAUUAUUGUGAAAAAUUACACAAAAAUCAACGAAAACACCACUGUGGGGGUGGUAAGAAUUCCCCUUGAUGUAGCAGCAACACCCACGGAAUUGCUGAAAAAUGUGGCUCAUCUCAAUUUGCGCAAAUUGCAACUUCAGACAGAGAUUGAGAAUGCCUUUAAGAUGGCUGCUGCUGCUAAUACAACUUCAUCCCACCCCCGGAGACUCCGCCGCCGGGACAUUGGGGAAAAUGGCACAAGUGUACAACGUGACAAAUGGCCCUCAAUAAGGCGGGAGAGGGUAAAAGUUGGAAAUUUGCGGACAAAUAGUGAAAAAUGGUUGAAACUUCUACUCAAAAAUUCAUCCAAAGUCCAACGUAUCGCAUUGGGGAACGUGAAAAGCUUGCAAGUGGCAAAUCUCAAUGUCUCACACACCAUCAAUGGGAUCAAUAUUGAUGAAGAUUUGUACAAUUUACCGGAGAAUCUCGUGCAGAAUAAAUUCAUCAAUAUCAUGAACUGCAAACACUUAAUUGUGAAAAAUUCCAUAAAUUCCAUCCACAUAAAUGAUUUCUUUGGGCUCUUUGCAAAGGGACGUGCCCAUCAUGCCAGCACCUUCCACGUGGAUCAAGUGAUUGUUGAGAAUAUUCAGGAGAUGAACUUUGACACGCUGUACCAAUCACUCUACCUCCACAACUCCUCCCGGGAGAUUGAUGGAAAUUUAAUUUUCUACAAUGUUACCACUGUGACCCACAUGGAGGCGGGGGGUAUCAAUGGGAGAGCCACCGAUGACCUUGUGCCCCUGCACACAAAUCAAAUCAUCAAUUCAACCAUUCGCAUCAAUCAAUUCCGGGUGGAGCACUUUGAGGCUGACACGGUGAACGAUAUUGAAUUUCGGCAGGAGACUCUGGCACUCAUAGGGAAGGAUAAUCAUUUUCAAGGUCCAAUCCAACUAUAUGGGCUGUAUUCGAAAGAUUUAGUACUUGCGGAGGGUGAUGAGGAGACCCCUGAGCGAAUCAUUGGGACACAUAUUGAUGAUUUAUCUCAAGUGUAUAUGGGUCAAGUGGUGGUGAAAGGGAAUCUCCAUGUUGGUACACUCCAUGUUGCCAGCAAAAAUAAUUUCUUAGCCAAUGUACCCUUCAACCUAACCACCCUCGGGGACUACUGGUACAAGGGAUUAGAUCAGGAUUUUGCAAAUGUUAUUUUCCACGGGAAUGUCACAGCACCACAGCUCUACACGAAGCACAUUGAUCAUCACGAUGCUGGGGACUAUCUAACCACACGGCAGGAGAUUGUGCCGAAGAAUGUGUCGCUUUUCCUCAAAUCCGCCCACAUUGGAGGGCAUUUGCACACCACCACGGACACCCUGGCGAAUCAGAUUAGUGACUCAUGCGUGCGGGUCAAUGAGAGAGCCAUCGUAAGGGGUGUAAAGACCUUCACGGGGAAGCUGCGUGUGGAGAAUCUCGUCACGAGUCACCUCAAUGGGGAUCCCAUUGCAAAGAUGGUCCUCAAGAACUACACCAGCCUCGUUUUCCCGAGCCUAAAGCAUUUUUCCACAUUGCAUGUGCACGAUGGGGUGAAUGUGGGUGCGGCGAAUGUACAUAUCGAUAGAAUUCACGGGGUUGACCUUCGGGAAUUGAUUGAGAAGUGUGUGAUGAUCGAUGAAGCUCAAAAUAUCACCUUCGUGCAGGCAAAUGGGAUUGAGGCACGAGAUAUUGAUGUGAAAACACUCAAUUCGGUGGCAUUUGGAAAAUCAAUACGUGAUAUUGAGAAGAUGAAAAUUCACGUGGAAAUUCAAGGGAAUGCCACAUUUAGCAAUAAUGUUCACCUCAUGGUCGCAAAUGGGGUCAAUCUCGAUGCUUUUUUGCCACUCGUAGCGCAAAAAUCCACCCAACCCCUGCAAAUUGGGGGGAUGAAAAAUUUCACCAGCAACGUGAAAAUUCUCAAUAGUCUCACAACGGGGCAGCAAAUGAAUGGUAUCAAUGUGGGGGAUUGGCUGAGGGAUGCCCUUGUAAAUGGGACAAAGCAAAUUGUGAGGGAAGAAUGGUCCGUGCAAGCUGUGCGAACUCCCCGAAUUGACGUGAGCACCAUUAAUGGUGUUAAAGUGAAGCACUUAAUGGACACCGAGGGUAGUGUCCACCUCGAGAGUGACCUCCACGUUGAAGAAAUCACCGUGAAUUCGGGCGAUAUCUUCGGGAGAAUCAACAUUGACUUCAAUCGCACCGUGAAAUUGCUGAUAGCACCCACCGUACGACGAUGGGGUGUCCUCCAUGUACACCAACACACCUACUGGCCCCUUGGGAGUCUCUCACCCCUCACGGAACUCCUUACAAAUGCCAUCCAUGCACAUAGAGAGCAGGAAAUUGUCGGAGAAGUGCACUUUGCCAAUGCCUCAGUGAACCACCUCAAUGCUCAUUUCGGCAUAAAUGGCAUCUACGUGGAAAGUCUUGCACAGGAUGCACUGCGGAGGUACGCGGAGAAUCAGGUGAUUUUUGGCGAUAAACACUUUUUGCGUGCACUGAACGUGCAAAAUCUCCAAUCUAAUGACUACCUCAGUGUACUAAUUGUCAACAAUGUGGACAUCCUCGAGCUAAAUGGAACAAUGUUGCGGAACUACCAAAGGAAUAUUUGCAUUAACGAUCCGUGGACUUUUAGAUCUAAAUUGAAGACAAACAGCUUGGUGGUUGAGGGAAAACUUAAUGGUGUUGAACCACAUGAAUUUGUCAGCACAACCCAAAAAUAUGGAUCUAAGCUUCCUGUUGCGCUUUUCCACAAUUUAGUCAUUGUGGGAAAUUUAACUGUUGCCUUUGUGGACAAUAUGCCCAUUGAUCAUUUACUCUACGACCGAGCCCGGAGAGUUGCGGAGAAGAAUCAAGAUUUUCGUGGCGCCAUCACAUUUAAGGAUGCAAUUUUGGCUGACUAUGCUGAUGUUUUCUCCAUUAAUGGCGUCGAGAUAAAUUCCCUGUUCCUCACAAAGGCCACUCAUGUGCAGGAUGUUGUGGGGCUGAAGAAGUGUCGGGGGAAUUUGGAGCUUCUCGGCCCAUCGAGUGUGUCGUAUUUGAAUAGUCGUGAUAUCGGUGAUUUGUACGCCAAUUCACUUUUCUUGCACGAGGACCAUCACAUUGAGGAUUAUGGAUUUAUGCGGGUACACGCGCCCGAGCUGAAGGUGAUGGGAAGUGUGAAUGGCAUUGUCAUUGGCACAUUGGGCUACAUGGAGAAUUCAAGCCUUUCGGGUGUACCGGAAGUGAUGGAUAUCGCCGAGGAGAUUCACACCAUGGGGCGCAAACCGAAUUUUGCCGUUGCAAAGAAGAAACGCUUCAACUACUUUGACUACGUGAAUACCACGCCGGCGGUUGUGGGUGGAGGCAGCAGCAGCUCCAAAGUUGUUCGUUCAGUGAAUAUUGAUGCGGAUUUUGGGGGUUGGCGAAUGGAUGGGGCGGGUGGGGUGGUGUGCAAUGGGAGUGAGUGCCAAUGUGGUGGGCGACGGUAUAGUGUGGCAAUGCUGAGGGAUCGGAGUAUUGUGGUACGUCGUGUGGAAAGUGUGUCAAGAGGCAGCCAAAAGGCAUGGAAUGGUGUUGAAGUGUCUACCACAGAGGGGCACGUACAAAAUUGCAUUUCACAAGCAGCGGCAGGUGCGAACACCACAAUCACCUUCACAAUCAGGCACAGUGGGAAUGUGACGAAGAUUGAGAAAGUACUCAAAGGGGGUACCUUCCACAUGGACUUUCUCAAAAUUGAAAGCCCCACACGGGAGGUUUUGGUCACAAUUGCCACUCGCGAUGGGAAUUUGACACGAAUUCACCUUGCGGGCGUCAAUAAGGCCACCCCAAGUGUCACCAUCCACCAAAUACUACCACUUUCCACCAUCACCUCCACCUCCCCAAAUACCACCAUCAACGUGAUGGAGUACACGAAGCACGUGUACUUAAUCGUUGGCACACCCAAGAGUACCCUCAAUGGAUCAAUUUUGGUGUACAAACUCGCAAAAGGUACCCCAAAGUUCCAACACAGGCAAACCAUUGAGGGAAAUUACUUCACAAUCAGGUGCAACGAUGCACUCGGCAUGAUUAUCGUGGGCAACAGGGGAAGCAAUUUUGUGAGUAUCUACCGAGUGGAUGAUGAGAGUGAGGACUUUAAACUCUUUCAGAGUAUUAAAUUGCAAUCAACCCUUGGGAUGCUCAGUACAUUUGCUCUGGCGGAAAAUCAAUUUUUCGUUAUCGCACUACAAAAUGAUAAUAUUCACAUCUACAAGUACAACUAUAUUGAAGGCUGGGUCCUUAUCUGUGUCAAUCAAUAUCCCAAUAUUGAAUCACUGACACCCUUCACCCUGGACGGCGAGGGGUACCUGCUGGCGAUCACCUCCACCAACGCCACAGCCAUCGCUCUCUUCUCCCAAACUGAGCACUAAACCAACGCGCUGAAGAGAUUAUUCCUGUUUUUUUCUCUACACCAUUAUAAUUUAUUUAUUGCACUAUCGUUUCCAUUUAGUUGUUUUUUUCUUUCAUUUCUCUUUAUAUUCUGUUUGUUCUAUUUAUCUGUCUUUCACAUCAUCUUCUUCAACUUCUCAUCAAUAAAGCAUAAAUUAACUUA